AAUGAAAAUUAAAUCUUUUUUUAUCUUUUUUUAUAAAGCUAACGUGUGGGGCCUUUAUUUUGAAAGGUCUCAGCCGGACGUGACGUUGCAGUAAUCGCUCUACUGUAAAUGUUUACGUCGCUUACAGUGAAGCAAUGGAAGAUGACAUACAAGAGGAGAUUCUUUCACAGUUCAAAGAAAAGCGACUUGGCGGCUGGCAAAUCUUACAGAUUGCGGCGGGUACAGGUUUGGCCGCAUAUGCCGUCUGGGCAGGAAUUUUAAUGCCAGGCUUCCGCAGAGUGCCAUUAAAAUUACAAGUACCCUAUAUGCCAGCUAGCAGAUCUCAAGUAUGUAACGUUAUGACUUUGCUGAAAGGCAGAUCUGGAGCCAUAGCUGACCUGGGUUCAGGUGAUGGCAGAAUUGUAUUAGAAGCGUGCCGUCAGGGCUUCUCUCCAGCAGUCGGCUAUGAACUCAACCCCUGGCUUGCUCGACUUGCAUGUUUUCAUGCAUGGAGAGCUGGAUUUCAUAGAAGUGUUUCAUAUCGACGAGAAGACCUGUGGAAGGUUGAUCUUUCAACUUUUAAGAAUAUUACAGUUUUUUUGGCCCCUAGUGUGCUAAGUCUUUUGCAAAAGAAGUUGCUGGCUGAACUUCCUGAAGAUGCCUUGAUUGUAGCCGGACGUUUCCCGUUCCCUGAUUGGACGGCGUGUAGGAUAGAGGGUGAGGGUGCAGACAGAGCGUGGGCCUAUCACAUACAAGAAUUGAGACAACACUACCAACCAAAGAGCGAAAUAGUGUCUGACCAAACCAACUAAUUAUUUUAAAACCAGCUUGAUUUUAUUAUGGUUUUACAUUAUUUAUUAAUUGUUUGCACAAGAUGUUUUUUAAAAUAUUUAACUUGCACAACUAAUACAUAAAUAUUUUCUAUGUAGGUUUUAUUUACUUUUUCUCAGUUACACAACACUGAACUUGACAAAAACAAAGCUGCUGUCUGUGUGAGUUCCUUAAAGUGUUUUAACCCAUCGGUAACUUCCUGUUUCUUAAUGUGACCUAGAUAAUGUUCAGUGCAAUCUUCAAGUUUUAGGUAUUUAUCAUUUGUAGAGAAAUUAAAUAAAUCUUAUUUAUUGGAAGUCA